AUGGGCGAAUUCCCCGUCAAGAAGUGCGGCGUUCUCGGUUGCACCGGCUCCGUCGGCCAGCGCUUCAUCCUCCUCCUCUCGCAGCACCCGUAUCUCAAGCUCGUCGCUGUCGGCGCCUCGUCCCGCUCCGCCGGCAAGAAAUACCGCGAUGCCGUGAGGUGGAAGCAGGCUUCGCCCAUGGGCGCCGUCGGCGACCUCGUUGUCCGCGAGUGCAAGGCCUCUGAGUUCAGCGACUGCGACGUCGUAUUCAGCGGUCUUGACUCUGACGUUGCCGGCCAAAUUGAGAUGGAAUUCCUCAAGGCCAACCUUGCCGUCUUCUCCAACGCAAAGAACUACCGCCGCGACCCCCUUGUGCCUCUCGUCGUCCCCACCGUCAACCUCCCCCACCUCGACCUGAUCCCCCACCAGCGCAAGCAGCACAACCUCGAAAAGGGCUUCCUCGUCUGCAACUCCAACUGCGCCGUCAUCGGCCUCGUCAUCCCCUUUGCGGCCCUCCAGGCCGUCUUCGGCCCCGUCGACCAGGUCUCCGUCGUCACCAUGCAGGCCGUCUCCGGCGCCGGCUACCCGGGCGUCUCGUCCAUGGACAUGAUUGACAACGUCGUCCCCUUCAUCUCGGGCGAGGAGGACAAGCUCGAGACGGAGGCGCAAAAGAUUCUCGGCACUAUCACAUCGGACCUCACCGCCUUCGAGGACCAGACCCAGCUCAAGGUCAGCGCGGCGUGCAACCGCGUGCCCGUGCUCGACGGCCACACCGCCUGCGUCUCGCUCAAGUUUGCGCGCCGCCCCGCGCCCUCGGCCGAGGAGGUCAAGAAGGCGCUGCGCGAGUACGUCUCCGAGGCGCAGAAGUUGGGGUGCCCUUCGGCGCCGGAGAACCCUAUCCUCGUGCACGACGAGCCUGACCGGCCGCAGCCGAGACUCGAUCGCGACCUUGGCAGGGGGUACACUGUCAGUGUCGGCCGCGUUCGGGAGGAUGAGAGCGGUAUCUUUGAUAUCAAGUUUGUUGCGCUUAGCCACAACACUGUUAUUGGCGCUGCUGGCUCGUCGAUCCUCAAUGCUGAGGCUGCUGUGCUCAAGGGCUUCGUGUAA